UCCAGGGUAUCGCAGGGCCGCAUUGGGGAUCAGACGUAGAAUCGGGACCGUACGUUAGGUCGCAUUUUUUCCAGAAUCGGACGGCCAAGGCCGAGAACAUUAUGGGAGACGGUAUGAUAGUGGGUACGAGAGGAGGGGACAGAGGACAGCAGAGACAUAUUCAAAUGUCAGAAGCGGGAGAUACAGUAACGAGAAUUCGCUGUAUUCGGAAAGUUUGGAAGGUUAUACGGACGGAACUAGGGCAAGACAAAGCUUUUCAGGACAAGCAGCUGCAGCAGUACAGUGAUAAGUUGGAAUCGACGAAUAGUUACAGCUCACCGGCGGUUCAGCAUAAGAAGAUAGAACCUCGUCCCGGUAUAAUCACACGACUGGCGAUUUCCUUAUGGCGUUUCGUGUCCAGGCCAGCAGCUCCGCCUGUUAACCAAGCCCCAUAUUGUCACAUUCACAGAAUAAAGAGCCGAAGCACCAGCAACAGCAGCACAGCAGCAGUAGCGACGGUAGUGACGGCAGAACGACGGAUGAAAUACACACUGAGAAAGAAGGAGAAGCGGAGCGCACGGGACCCCGCAUGACGUGGUUGUGCUUACAAUGAAUGUGAGUGUAGGCACGGCGUCGCGGCUGCAGCUGCUGGGAGCGAGAGUGCGGCAAAUUGAAGAGGCGAUUCCGUACCCGUUCCCAGCCACGCCCAACAGAGUCGCCAUCAACAAACCGUGCAGGUGGGAGGCUGCAUGGCUUUCUAGUGCUUACAAUGAAUGUGAGUGUAGUCACGGCGGCACGGCGUCGCGGCUGCAGCUGCUGGGAGCAAGAGUCAAAGAGGCCAUCCCGUACCCUUUUCCGGCCGCGCCCAACAGAGUCGCCAUCAACAAACCGUGCAGGUGGGAGGCUGCAUGGCUUUCUAGUGCUUACAAUGAAUGUGAGUGUAGUCACGGCGGCACGGCGUCGUGGCUGCAGCUGCUGGGAGCAAGAGUCAAAGAGGCCAUCCCGUACCCUUUUCCGGCUGCGCCCAAGAGUCGCCAUCAACAAACCGUGCAGGUGGGAGGCUGCAUGGCUUUCUAGUGCUUACAAUGAAUGUGAGUGUAGGCACGGCGGCACGGCGUCGCGGCUGCAGCUGCUGGGAGCAAGAGUCAAAGAGGCCAUCCCGUACCCUUUUCCGGCCGCGCCCAACAGAGUCGCCAUCAACAAACCGUGCAGGUGGGAGGCUGCAUGGCUUUCUAGUGCUUACAAUGAAUGUGAGUGUAGUCACGGCGGCACGGCGUCGCGGCUGCAGCUGCUGGGAGCAAGAGUCAAAGAGGCCAUCCCGUACCCUUUUCCGGCCGCGCCCAACAGAGUCGCCAUCAACAAACCGUGCAGGUGGGAGGCUGCAUGGCUUUCUAGUGCUUACAAUGAAUGUGAGUGUAGGCA